GCAAACUGGGCAUGGACACUCCUGCAACUGUCUCACACAACUCUGAUUCCAACCAUUACAUACAUUAACUUGACAUAGAGCAGAUCAGCGCUGGGGGAUCUAUUUGUAAGCAAGCUUGAGGAGAACGUGCUGAAUUAUUGAAAACCUAAUAAGGUUUUCUCCAUAGCGGUACACCAUGUGGGUGACUAACCUGGCAGCCCUGGUCCUCCUGGCCUCUUCAGCUACAGCUGCCACCUCGGCCUCACCAGACAAAGUCCUGAGUAACCACGCCACCAUCCUGGCUGACAACAGCGCGAAGCUGGCUUUCAGUCUCUACCAAAACAUGGCCAAGGAAAAAAGUGUGGAAAACAUCAUCAUAUCCCCCGUCGUCGUGGCCUCCUCUCUGGGUCUGGUGGCUCUUGGGAGCAAAGCCUCCACUGCCUCUCAAGUAAAAACCCUUCUGAAUGCGGCUAAAGUCAAAGACGAGCAGCUGCACUCCGGUCUGGCAGAGCUCUUGACCGAGGUGAGCGACCCAAAGACCCGCAAUGUCACCUGGAAGAUUAGCAACCGCCUGUACGGACCCAGCUCCGUCGCCUUCGUGGAGGAUUUUGUCAAGAGCAGCAAAAAGCAUUACAACUGUGACCACUCCAAGAUCAACUUCAGGGAUAAGAAGAGCGCCGUGAGCUCCAUCAACGAGUGGGCGGCCAAGUCUACCGAUGGCAAACUGCCCCAGGUCACCAAGGAUGUAGAGCAGACUGACGGGGCGAUGAUCGUCAACGCUAUGUUUUUCAAACCUCACUGGGAUGAGCAGUUCCAUCAUCAGAUGGUGGACAACCGUGGAUUCAUGUUGCCCCAUAGCUACACUGUUUCAGUGCAGAUGAUGCACCGCACAGGCCUCUAUGGCUUCUACAAUGACAAAACCAACAAGUUAACUCUCCUGAGCAUGCCUCUGGCUCAUAAGAAGUCCACUAUGGUGUUCAUCAUGCCCCACCAAGUGGAACCUCUGCAGAGAGUGGAGAAGAUGCUCACCAAGAAGAAACUGGAUACGUGGAUGGGCAAGCUGCAGCAGACAGCGGUGGCCGUGUCUCUGCCCAAAGUCAGCAUGGAAGUCAGUCACAACCUGCAGAAACACCUUGGGGAGCUGGGCCUGACGGAGGCCGUGGACAAAUCCAAAGCCGACUUGUCUAGAAUCACCGGGAAGAAGGAUCUCUACCUGGCCAGUGUGUUCCACGCCUCUGCCAUGGAAUGGGACACCGACGGCAACGAAAUGGACAUGAGCAUCCUUGGCACGGACAAGCUGAAAAACCCCAAACUGUUCUACGCGGACCACCCUUUCAUCUUCCUCGUGAAGGACCAGAAGACAAACUCCAUCCUAUUCAUAGGCAGGAUGGUCCGGCCGAAGGGCGAUAAGAUGAGAGAUGAGCUGUAACCACAUUCACUUAAAAGCCUGGCUGUGUGUGUGUGUGUGUGUGUGUGUGUAUGUUCUACUGCGGAAUGCAGAGAGAAGUGGGAAAUGAAAGCGCAUUCCUUCACGUCACAAGCCAACAGCAUUCCACAAUACAUGACUGAAGAGAUGUGUUUCAACAUUUGAUCCUGUGUUUUAGUGCACAGCCUUCCUUUUUUAUCGUGAAGAAUAUUUGAUAUCUUUUCUGUUUGCAUUGGCAUAUCACAAUAUGGACUGAAGACUUACAUUAAGUAUGAUUUCCCUGAUUAUUGCUUCAAAAUAUGUUGACAAGUCUUAACAAUGUAAAAGGUCUACAACAAUCUUACUUCUGCACCGAUGGUGCUUGUUGUUUAAUUUAAUAGUAUGUUUCAAUUUGUCAAGCGCAGUUGCUUUUAAUUUGUUAACUCCGAGGACAUUUACAAUUGUUUCGCCCAUCCUUUGCACUGCUCUCCAACACAAGCAUAUAGUUUGAACCAAUAUGCUACGUUGCUGUUUUUCUUAUUGAUCCUCCCUGAAUGCACUGACCUACACUGGCAAACAAACCAAAGCAUGGCAGAUUGAAUAAAACCUAUCUAUAAUAUGCACGUACAAUUUGACAAUUUCAAAAUAUGAAUAGUUUUAGACUAUUACAAAUUUCCAGUUUUUGCAAUAAAAGCACGGGAAUAAUAAUAAUAAUAAUAAUACAUCAAUUUUCUAUAGCGCUUUUCAAGAUACCCAAAGACGCUUUACAGGGCAAAGACAAACAGAACAAACAAACAAUAUAUAAUAAUAAUAAACCACCCCCAACCAAGUGUCAUCUUAAUUUGAGAUAUUUUGUGCUGACAUUGUCCGUCGUGAAACAGAAGACUCCGACUCAUUCAACCAGUUUGAUUUGUCUGCUCAUGUCUGUUUGUAACAGCAGUUUGUUCUUGGGCAGGUCUGGUGAGCUCAGGUCUCCAGUGGGACCCAGCUGAAUAGCAUGAGAAAAAUUCCAGCGAGGGUGACUAUGUCCUGCUGGGCAGCCCUACGCCAGCGAGGAAUGUGGUGGAGUUGCAACACACUGCAUGGUAAACAUUGGCUCUUAAUCAGUAAACUGUUCAUGUUUAGACAAAACUAAAUAUUUGGGUACGUCAAGAUGGGUCCGGCAGCUGCUCCAAUGAGCAAGGCACUGGUUAAAAGCCACACCAUCAACCUCCCACCUGAUUGUUAGCAUUAGGCUGACUAUAAAAACUUAUAGAAAAACAGUUGAUAAAGACCAAAUGAUUCGUUAUUUAAUGGAAAAGUGGUUCAAUAACACGAAAGAAUAAUUGAAUUUACUUGACUAAACAGAAGAUUACAAAGAAGAUUUGUUGAGUGAACAUGAGAGUAUCUUAUAUCGUUGCAUUAGUGGACCUUUUUUAGCGUAUCACACCACCUAGAGGACAUGUGGGUUCAUGACAGAACAAAGAUGUUUUUCAUGUGGUGGACAAAUUACAUAAUUUAUAAUCUAUCACACGACAUUCAUUGGAGUAUUGCAUAAAUAAUGUGCAAAACUAUAUUUAACUAUAAAACUGAAAAGGGGGAACUGCGACAGACAUGAAGUGAACAGAUUUAGACCUUUAUCUUACUUCAAAAAUAUUAUUCAGAUGAACCCUAAUCAGGCAAAAUGCUCAGCAAUAUUUUUUUAAAUCAUGCCUGAUGUUUUAUUAGAAAUAUCUUUACUAUUAUGAUUUUGAGAUAAUUGUAAAGUAGGAAAUGUCUAUCAUUCCAGUGAGUGCCUUAAAUUCAUGUAAAUGAUCUUCAGUUGUACCGUGGGAAGAGGUCAGGUCCUGUAUGUAAUAAAGUAGGUGUUUCUCUCCCCGAGAAAUGAUGCCAUUAAGAUUACGGCAUCAACAUCUUAAACUUGGUCAUCACUGUGCUUUUACUUGAGCUGCAUUACUUGAAGAAAGAAUCAUUGGAGCUGUUGAUCUAAAUGCUCUUUAACGAGUCAGCCUGGAGGAAUAGAGGAAUAUGGUGUGUGCUGUACUGUAUAGGCUGCAGUCUUAAACCUAACCUCCUUAUAAUGAAGUGCUGUAUGCUGUUUGUCAGUCACUUGCCAUAUGGUGGGAGAUAUAAGUGCAUGAAGUGCAGGACUGCUUACCUUAAAGCAAUCCUUCAUUUUAUAAUUCAACAAGCUGACUCCAUCUGCUGGUCUUUUUUGUGUAUUUUAUCCUGUUUUGCUUGUGACAUUGCAUUGUGUCUCUUGACUGUAUUGCGAUGUUGUGCAUGCUUGUUGGCCCGUGUUCCUCUUUUGUCUGAGCUGCCCUGACAAAUUCUGUCAAAUUAUUGCUGAUUUGGCAAUAAAGAACUGGAGUGAAACUUA